AUGGCCGACUCUCACAAGCCUCGUACCCCAAAGCAGAACAUCCAGCUCUCGACGCCUGAGGCUCCCCAGCACCACAACACCUCCCUCCCAAAGCUCUACCAGCUCGCAUAUGCAGACCUCAUCCAAACCUCCGCGAGCAUCGGAAAAGAGAUAGAAGACCACACCGAUCUAAAGGGAAGCCCUCAGCACCAGCACAUGUUCCACGACGAGAGAAGCCUAGUCAGCUCCUCCGAGCCAGACUUGCCUCCAUUCAACUGCACCUACCUCGGACCGCCAAUCGGCUACUCAGCCAAAAUCAUCCACCACCACUCGCCACUUGGCGUGAUCACCACCAGCGUGUAUGGCAGUCUGAUGGCACCACGCCCUCGCCAGUUCACACAGUGUGAGGAUCGUCUGUGCCUGAUCUGCCACCCAGUGUCGUUCAACGGCCAUCCACUGUCUGGGAGUACCACCCCGACACCACCACAGUCGUCUCAGCCACGCGAGUUUGCCAGUCCGCGCAGCUCGCCGACUCUCAAUAUGCAGAAGAUCCUGCGCGAGCUCGAAAUGAGUCUCGAUUGA